CGUCGCUGGAAGCAGUCACUUUCAAAGGCGCACCACCGACCACGAGACGACUACGAUGGACACGUCGCUUAUGUGUGAGGUCUGCAACGUCCCGAACGACAUCAUGUCGCCAUGCUGCAAGCGCUGCAAGCAGCCGGUCCGGUCCGACUCGGAGAAGCUCCUCAUCCUCCUCAAGCGCUUCGACCGCUUCUCGACGCUUCAGGCGUCGCCCGAGCCGCCGGCCAAGAUCGAAGCCGAGCUCGACGCGACCAAGGCGUCACUGAGCUCUGUCGCGGCCGAGCGCGACCAGCUCCAGCGCGAGAACUACGAGCUCACGCGGCGCCUCCAGCAGCUCUCGUCCUUUGACAAGGAGCCCGAGUACGAGGACAAGAUCCAUGCGCUCGAGAGCCAGCUCCAGGAGCUCCAGUCGUCGCAGCAGUCGUUCGCAGCCAACUUGCAUAUGCUCACGUUCAUUCCCGCGGCGCACUUUAAGCUCCAGCGGUCGAUCCCAACAUCGUCGUCCAGCGUCUUCCAGCUCGACGUCGGCACGAUCGACGGCAAGCCCGUCGUGCGCAAGCAGCUCUUCCGCACCGACCCACGUGACGCGGUCGUCGUCACGUUCAAAGAGUCGAUCGCGCUGCUCGCCAAGCUCGGCGGCGCCGACGGCACGGUCGUGUCGCUUCUCGGCACGUCGGGGCUCGCGCAAGGCCACACGCAGGUGUACCUCGAGUACCUCGAGCUUGGGGACCUUCACAGUGUCCUCCGCGCGGGCACGUCGCUCUCCUGGGCGACGCGCCUCCGCAUCGCACUGCAUGUGGCGCGCGCUGUGAGCCAACUGCACGGACUCGACCUUGUGCACAAGCGCAUCCACUCGUCGCACGUGCUCCUCGGCGCGGGCUACGAGGCCAAGCUCUCGGGGUGGACCCAAGCGCGCGCGACAACGCUCUUGGACGAGCAGACCGACCUGCGCUGGGCCGCGCCCGAGCUCUUCUCCGACAGGACGCUUCCGACCGCCAAGGCUGACAUGUACUCGCUCGGGCUGCUUCUGGUCGAGCUCGACACGGCCGAGACGCCGUACGCCCACGUGCGCGACCGGCGCGGCAAGCCCGUCGGCGAUCUCACGCUCAUCGACCUCCUCCGACGGGCGACGCCAUCGGACCUUGUGCUCCAGCACGCGUUCCGGGACAGCCCCGAUUGGUACCGGUCGCUCGCAACCCGGUGCACGGACCUCGACCCGCGCCGCCGACCGUCUGCGAUCGAGGUCGUCCGGCUCCUCGAAGGCCGCCUCUUCCCCGAGCUCCACACAACGAGUGCGCUCCCGCCUCUAGUGCUGUGUGUGACGGUGCAAAGCGCGUCGUCGCUCUUGCACGUGGCCGACAUGGGCGACGCACCACCGUUCGUGUCGGUCCACCUCCACGAUGCAACCGCGACGACGACCGUGUCGCUUGGCGGUGACUACGCGUGGGACGAGACCUUUGAGUUUAGCGCACUGCAUCUCAUGGAGUCGACGCUCGAAGCGCAGAUUCGGUAUGGACCGAAUGGGCAGAUUGGCGUCGUGCACGUCGCGCUGGCCAAGGUCAUGGACGAGCUUGACGAGCUCCAGGCGUGGACGCGCUGGCUGCCCGUGCAGAGCCGCGGCGACCCGCACGGCUACCUCGUGCUCAAGCUCGAGCUCAAAGGCGACGUCGAGGGCUGGAUCGGGGCGUAUGUGCAGUCGCUGCCGCGGCUCCAAGACGCCAAAGAGCCCGCGCUGCAAGCCAAGAUCUCGCGCGCGACGACCGUGUACCAGACACUCAAGGCCCGUCGCAGCAUCGUGCGGCAAGGCGGGUCCCGGCUGCGGCCAUAGAAGAUGCAAGCGGAGGUACUUGCCAAAGGACCAGCACGCGCGACCGAGAGUAGAGUGCUAUGCUGUACUAGUACCUAUGCGCGAGAGAGCUAGUGAUUGAAGUACUCAACGAGGGCUUGUCAAUGGAUCGCGCUCGAGGACGCACGCCAGUUGUGGCGACCACACCGCUGUCGACCGAGUGACUCACUCA